CAAAUCAAGUAAUCCCAAAAGCACCGCUAAAACCAAUUCCGGCUUUUGAAGAACCAUUUAGCCGUAUUAUGAUUGAUUGCGUCGGACCAUUACCUAAAACUAAGCGAGGUAAUCAAUAUUUAUUGACAAUUAUGUGUGUUUCGACACGUUUUCCUGAAGCAAUACCACUUCGAAAUAUCAAGGCUAAAACCAUUGUAGAAGCACUUACAAAGUUUUUCACUUUAGUUGGUCUUCCAAAAUCCAUCCAGUCUGACCAAGGUUCGAAUUUCACGUCAGGGUUGUUUCAACAAAUUAUGCACGAACUAGGUAUUAAACAAUACACCUCGUCAGCUUAUCAUCCGGAAAGUCAAGGCGCUCUGGAAAGGUUUCACCAAACAUUGAAGCAAAUGAUUAAGACAUAUUGUUUUGAAACUGAGAAAGAUUGGGACGACGGCGUCCAUUUCCUUUUGUUCGCGGCUCGUGAGUCAGUUCAAGAAUCAUUAGGGUUUAGUCCAUUUGAGUUAGUUUUUGGUCACACGGUUCGAGGACCGCUCAAGCUUUUAAAGGAAAAGUUGCUUACCGACGACGGUGGUUCAUUGAAUAUUUUACAGUAUGUAACGGACUUUCGUACCAAAUUAACUAAGGCUUGUGACCUAGCACGUAAGAACCUUAAAACAGCUCAAAAUCGCAUGAAGCACAGUUACGACAGUCACAAAAACACCGUAACUCGGAAUUUUCAGAACGGAGAUAAGGUUCUUGCACUUCUUCCGGUUCCUGGAAACCCCUUGCAAGCUAGGUAUUUUGGGCCCUAUGUUAUAGAAAAGAAAGAGAAUGAUUUAAACUAUAUAAUCAUUACUCCAAAUAGACGUCGAAAGAAACAGCUUUGCCAUGUAAAUAUGCUUAAAGCAUAUCACGAAAGAAAGAAAGUAGUACAGUCAGUAAAUGUAGUGAGUUCAGAUAGAGAUAGGUAUAGUAAUGAGGAUGAAUCUGAACUCUCUAGUUUGUCUGAGACAACAAAAUUGAGCAACUCCGACGUUUUACGAAAUAUGGAUUCGAAGUUAUCUCAUCUUCAACCAUCUCAACGUCAGGAUGUUCUAGACCUUGUUAAUGAAUAUGCACAAUUAUUCCCCGACAUUCCUUCUCGAACUGACAUGAUUUCCCACGACGUUGAUAUUGGCGACGCUUCCCCUAUAAAACAACACCCUUACCGAUUGAACUCAACGAAAGCAAAAUACCUUGACCAAGAGAUCCAAUACCUCCUUGAAAAUGAUUUCAUCGAACACAGUCAAAGCAGUUGGAGUUCACCCUGUAUAUUAGUUCCUAAACCAGACGGUAGUUAUCGAAUGUGUACAGACUACCGUAAAGUAAACAACCUCACGAAGUCGGAUAAUUUUCCCAUUCCUCGGAUGGAUGAUUGCGUGGAUAAAAUUGGAAAUGCUAAGUAUGUGUCGAAGUUUGAUUUACUGAAAGGAUUCUGGCAAAUCCCUUUAAGCGAACGUGCCAAAGAGGUUUCAGCAUUCGUAACACCACGUGGAUUAUACCAAUACAAAGUUAUGCCAUUUGGAAUGCGAAAUGCCCCUGCCACCUUCCAACGCCUUAUCAACCAGAUAAUUUCCCAGAUCGACGGCUGCGAAGGUUAUAUUGAUGACGUGAUCAUUUAUAGUGACACCUGGGAAGAGCAUCUGGAAAUAUUACGAAAGUUUUUCAAACGGUUAAGCGAAGCCAAGUUAACCAUAAGUACUUUGUACUUUCAAGAAAGUUCUGCAAACUUUCUUUCCUUUAAGGGGGAGGGUGUAACAUCACUGAUGGCAGUGUUAUACCAUGUUAUUUAAUAUAUUCAAUACUAUAUUCAAUACUAUAUAUUCAGUAUACUGUUAUAAUUAUAAGAGAAGACCUUAGGCAACCUUCCUCGCAUGAAUAAGCAAAUAUUUAGAGAGAUUAAAGAACCACGGGAAACGCCUAGUACCACAAACCACGCAAACAGGACAUAGUUUUGUGGUUGAUAAACACUGCUAGAACUUGCUUUGACAAACAUAUUGCGUAGAGGAAAUUAGUCAUAGUUACAGAUUUCUUCCUCUAAAAUUUAUUAUAAAAGCUGAGCACAACCUGAGAGUCGAGAGCGGAGAGUGAAGUGAGAAGAGCCAUUUAGGCUAAAAUACUUCAUAAGCCAACAAAGGCUGAAGUAUAUAAUUAAAAGGCUAGAUAAUUAAGCCUCGUCAAGUAAACUGAAGAACAUUGGAAUAUUGUGGAAUAAUUAUUAUUAAAGAAGACGGAAUACAAAGUAUAAAGAAUAAAGAUUCAAAGUUGUGCUCAGCUCAAACAAAUAGAGAUAUAAGUUGAUAUAUUAAGAUUACUAUAUUAUUAUAACAUUAUAGAGACGCUAAUUCAUAUUGUUGAAAGUAAAUAAAAUAUAUAAAAGGUAUAAGGUUUCAUGCUAUUUGUGUUACGGUAGCGUUAAUAUAAUUUGAACCCGAAGCCUAAAGGUUGAAAAUAUACCUAAUUGGAAAAUAUAUUUGACGCAUAAAUAACGCACCAUAACACCAGAGUCAGACACAAUGCAAAAUCCAUAGAAAACAGGUACAAUUCGUUGAAAAUUUUAACGAAAUUGUUGGAAACAUUUUACCCACUACACGAAAGACCGCCAUUUUGAAAAGGAUAAAAUUAAGCAGCUCAUUAAUAUUCUAUUUUGUCUAGUCCCAGUCGUUCUGAAGCAAGCGCGAGAAAAAAGUGGAUGUAGUACGAGACUGGGACCUAGGUGUGACGUCACCGCUCAAGGUGCUUCAGAACGCCUAGCAGAUUUCAGUAUUUUUAAUAUGGCGGAAAAAUUAUAUAUAC